UCUGCUGUGUCGGUCAUUGGUUGUUUCAGCUACAUGCCGUUUGAAUGUGAAUGGGAAGCAAGUUAGCUAGCUGACUCGCUAGGAGGUAGCUAGCUAAGUAUUUACGUCGUUAUAAUAUAUUUAAGCAACUGAAUGACGAUACGCGGAAUUGCAUAUUUUUUGACCGGUGCCGUGCUAUUUAAAGUCUAACCGACAUUGUCAUGACAUUGUAAUACACAUCUGUCUAAAGAGAAUGACCUUUGAACUCUCGGAUAACGAGAUCAUUCACACUCAAGGAUCAGCAAAGGCGGAUCAGGGAUGGAUAAAAAUGACAGGCAGGAAUCAGUCUGAUGAGGGGUCACCUACAGCUGGCAGGAUGCAGCAGAAAAGGAACAUCCAGAUCAUCGAGUGGGAGGACCUCGACAAAAGGAAGUUCUACUCUUUCGGGGUGUUCAUGACAAUGACCAUCCGGGCCACCGUCUACCCGGCCACGCUCAUUCGCACUCGGCUGCAGGUGCAGAGGGGCAAAUCGCUCUACAGCGGCACCUUUGACGCCUUCUUCAAGAUUCUGCGGGCGGAGGGCGUUCAAGGCCUUUAUCGCGGCUUUAUGGUCAACACCCUCACACUCAUCUCAGGCCAGGCUUACAUAACCACCUACGAGCUGGUGAGGAAGUAUGUCUCCCAGUAUUCUGAGGACAAUACGGUCAAGUCACUGGUGGCGGGUGGCAUGGCCUCCCUGGUUGCUCAGAGCAUCACUGUUCCUAUAGAUGUUGUCUCUCAGCAGCUAAUGAUGCAGGGCCAAGGGGAGCACCUCACCCGCUUUAGACUCAAUUCUAACACAGAGACUGGAAAGCCCAAAAAAGUGUUUGGCCAAACCAGAAACAUUAUGGGUCAGAUUUUUGCUGCUGAUGGUUUCCGGGGCUUCUACAGGGGAUAUGUGGCUUCUUUACUCACAUAUAUCCCAAACAGUGCUGUCUGGUGGCCUUUUUAUCAUUUUUAUGCUGAGCAACUUUCUCAACUGGCUCCCAGUGACUGCCCUCAUCUGAUUCUACAAGCCAUGGCUGGACCUCUAGCUGCCGCUACUGCCUCAACUGUCACCAACCCAAUGGAUGUGGUCCGAGCCAGAGUGCAGGUUGAAGGGAGGUCUUCAGUCAUCGAGACGUUCAGGCAGCUAAUCAAAGAGGAGGGCGGCUGGGGAUUGACCAAAGGACUGUCGGCACGCAUCAUCUCAUCCACACCCACUGCCCUCGUCAUGGUGGUCGGCUAUGAGACGCUAAAAAAACUGAGUUUGCGACCGGAGCUGGUGGACUCGAGACACUGGUAGAAGAUACCUGGACAGACAAUAUACGGACCACGUGCCAUUUUUUUUUUUCCUACGUUAGACUUCCUGUGAAAACACUGAAUGAAAGAAAAGUUUGUUUUAAAUAACAAACGUGGGAAACCAAAUUGAAUCAAGCCACUUCAAACACGCAUUGCCAUGUGUAUAAGACAGUGAACGUGUCCAUACCAACAUAUUAGUUUCCGAUUAAAUACCUGGACAUCAACAUUCACACCAGACCCAGGUUCCCCGUUUAUAUCGCUGCUUUCGUUCACUCUAGAUCAGACGGUCCGGAGAUUCUCUGCAGGAGAAAGAGAGAGAAAAGAGACAAAGGGACUGUGCUUUGUGCAGUCUGCUGUUGCACAAACUCCUGGGCAGUUAAAGGAUUGUGUUCCGUUUUUACCCCUCGUAGUUUAAAGAUGAUUUUUUUGGGGCGUUUUAGGCCUUUAUAUGUAUAGGACAGCUUAGACUUGAAAGGGGAGAGAGAGGGGGAAUGACACGCAGCAAUGGGCCGUAGGUUGGAACCCGCGGCCGCUACAUUGAGGAGUAAACCUCUAUAUGUGGGCGCCCUCUCUACCAGGUAAGCUACCUACGUGCCCCUCGUAGUUUUUUUUUUUAAAAACGUUCUUGUUGCCCAUGAUAGAGGCAGUGAGGUUUACUGUACGGGCGUUUCUCACACCGCCUCAAAACGGACUGGCCUGUCUGAUACCUGGUUACGUGAUUGGCCACAGCAUGAUGACGUCGGGUUGCGUUUCUCCAUGAAUUUAAUAGGUCUCUAACUUUUCGCCGCAAGCCGCCGCAGCCUAAACUCACUACCCCCAUUCAAAAUGAAUGGAAUGGAAAGGUUUUCGUUGGCAUGUUUUUUUACAGUUCAAUCGAAAGUGGUGACUAAAAUGUUUAAACACUGGAAGAUGCGGACAAAUCAACGCAACCUUGCAACGACUCAUUUUUACACGCUCUACAAACAUGUUCAAGCAUCUUUGCAGUGGAGACAAGUGGAAUUGAUUGCUUGCCAAAUGGUUACUGUGUUUGUGCUAUCCCAAAGCCAAACACUGUUGGGUCCACAUGAAAAAAGAAACUGGUUUUGAUCAGGGUUCAGAGAAAGGUCAUAUUAACUUCUGAUGACACAUUCACAUCCACAGUAAACACAUUUUUCCAAAGCGCGUGUUUCCUUCUGCUUGCUAAACUGGCUUCUCUGUGUAGUUCCUUUCUUUUGGCCUUUUACAAUUGCUGCCUUCAUAGUGUAAUCAAGACAAUCUGCUUUUUGUUUUGUGGAAUGUGUGUAAGAAGAACAGUAGGUAUUAGAAUCUAUAUAUCAUGGCAGCCUCUUUGUUGUUGGUGUGUUUAAUUUACAGUUGUCUUGUUUGCUGCACAAACGGAGUCAAAAUGAGUUGACAAAUUCCAUGCAAAACUAUACGUGCAGUACAAUAUUUUAUCAGCAUUUUUGUAACAUGCUAGCGUGUUGUCUCUCUAGCAUCGUAGGGCAUAUUGCAGUGAUCAAACUGGUUAUUAUGUGCCUGAUUUGGUGUACUAGUAACUUGGAAGUUGAGCAUAAUGGAAGGAUUUCAUUUAAAAAGUGAGGCAAGAAAGAUUGAAGGACAGUAAGCAGAACUAAUGCUGUUUCCCUCUUGUGACGUUCGUAGACGUUUGAGUGCAAUAAUGUAAAUGUUUUAUCCUUUUCAGCACAAAAUGUAAUUGUAUAUUUCUGGUAAACUGUGUGAAUAACAUGUCUUAAAGGAAUGCUUUAUACCCAAUUUAUUUUCGUCACAUUUUUGGGGAUUAUGACCACAGAAGUGUCCCAACUUCAAAAUGUCAUUGUUUAUUUUAAACAUGUUUAGGAUGAGUGUUGUGGCUCAUUUAGUUUGUUGCUUUUGUAUAUUUAAUUUUUUUUCAAAUGGCAUUUUAGAAAAGGGGAAGAUAAAAUGUCACUGUGGAUAUUUCUAUUACAGAGAAAGGAGAAUGGUAAUGAGCUGUGUUAGUUUGAUUGAAGGCAAGUUCCUAAAUCAGAGUUUGUUGAAAUGAAGCCACAACGUCCCAUAAAGUUUUCUGAAGUAAUACAUAAAUCUGCUCAGGCCACGCCAAGAUGUGUUAUAAACUUACAUUGACACCUGAUGAACACUGGAAUACAUGGUAGAUUCAUUCACAUGUCUUCAGGGCAAUCAUCCAGAAUACAGUGUGGAAUUUUCAUUUUCUUUGCACAACUUUCAAUAAUUCAAAGUGUGAUUAUGUUCUCAGAGAUGUAGUGUUGUGAAUCAGAAGUCUGCUCACGUACAGAAUACCUUUUCACAUCACGCGUCGUUUCACUGUGUCUUGGUUUAUCUAGCUGGUAAAUAAAACAUCACGGCUGCUUAA